AUGUCGAUCGCCGUACCCCCCCUCAUCGCCGGCUCAGACAACAUAGAGUCGCUCCGUCCAUACUACGGCGUGGGCGUACCCAUCCCUGUCCCGCCCAUCAUCCUGAAAGAAAUGUACGCUUUCCUUCCUCAGGCAUGUGACCUGCGCGAGUUUUCCCCUGAUCUCGCCUCUGAACUCGCCGUCUUUCUCACCCGUCUCAUCGAUCAAAAAGGUAUCGACCAAGGUGGUCGUCCGGCAGGUUUCAUGCCUCUUCAAGAUCUCCGAGCGCUGAUCGUUUCGGCCGUCGAGGACGGUAACGCCAACUUAAGAUUGUCCAUCGCCGAACUCGCCGCAUCGGGCAGGAGACUCGAAACCACCUUUGCUGAAUUCGACGCCCGUCUCGGCACAGUCAAAACUGACGUCAACGAUGUCAAGAAAGAGAUAAAGGCUAUGAGUAAAGAAUUGAAAGCGGUCAAAGCGGAACAGGCCAUUUUGAAGAAAGGUCAGGAGACUUUGAGGAAAGGUCAGGAGACGUUGAGAAAAGGUCAAGAGACUUUGGAGGGAAAAGUCGAUGGCUUGAAAGACGAGUGUCAUACCGAGUUCAAAUUGAGGAAACAAGAAAGAGCAAAGGAAUUAAAUCGAAGACGUCAUAUCCUACGCAAACAACUCUUUCAUGUUCCUUCUUGUCAUACUGACGCUGAGCAUCCCCCUCGCGUUCAUACUCGUCUCACAUCCAUCGACGACAUCUCCACCCUGUCCGAAGCAGACCUAGACGCUUGGACAGAAUACUACGGACGGAUCGGUGAAUGGAGGUUGGACGAUUCGGAGGGUAAAAAGAUCUGGUUGAGAGAUUUUUUGAUUGGCAAUGCGUGA